GUGCUCGUCCGCGUGCACGAGACCGGGGGGGUUAGCUGUGUGGUGUUUAGCGAAGAAACAGCUGCUAACAAGAUGCACACGGCUAGCGCCAUGCACAGUUUGGAGGUACCUGCGGGCUAGUUUCUAUGUCUUUAAGUAGAUAAUCCGCCGACAUCGUUCGCCCCAGAGAGUGACAGAAAUGGCGGGGAUUAUUAAAAAGCAAAUCCUGAAACAUUUAUCAAGGUUUACAAAGAACCUGUCCCCGGACAAGAUAAACCUGAGCACGCUAAAGGGGGAAGGGCAGUUGUCCAACCUGGAGCUGGAUGAAGAGGUCCUUCAGAACAUGCUGGACCUGCCGACUUGGCUGGCCGUCACCCGGGUCUACUGCAACAAAGCCGCCAUCAGGAUACAAUGGACGAAGCUGAAAACAAGCCCCAUAUGCCUGUUCUUGGAUAAAGUGGAGGUUGAGAUGAGGACAUGCGAGGAGCCUCGUCCGCCCAAUGGCCCCUCUCCUAUUGCUAUAACGGCAGGCCAGAGCGAGUAUGGCUUCGCUGAGAAGGUGGUGGAGGGCAUGUCCGUCAGGAUCAACUCUAUCACCAUCAAGGUGCAGGCCCGAGCCUUUCACGCCUCCUUUGAGCUCUGGCAACUGCAGGGCAACUCCCUCAACCCCAAGUGGCAACGCAGCGACCUCCGCUACACUCGCGUCACCGACCCAAAGAGAGGAGAGGUGUUGACAUUCAAGGAAAUUAACUGGCAGAGUCUGCGAAUCGAAGCAGAUGCCAUCGAGAGUGACGACCAGGACCUCGGUAGCACCCCUUUGCGUCUAAUCACCAACCAGGGACGCAUCCGCAUCGCUCUAAAACGCAGAAUAAAAGACUGUAAUGUGCUGGCGUCCAAGCUGUUUUUCAUUCUGGACGACCUGUUGUGGGUGCUGACAGACUCUCAGCUCAAAGCCAUCAUUCAUUAUGCCAAAUCUCUCAGUGAGGCCAUGGAGAAGUCUGCUCAGCAGAGGAAGAGCAUGACCGCUGAAUCGCUGCAGACUGCCCCCCCGUCCCCCGGCAUCCACAGUCUGUGGACGGAACCCCCGCCCUCCUCCACAAGCGCCCCUAACAACAUAAGUCAAUACUUUGAUCACUUUGACGUGAAGGAGUCCUCCUACCACACAUUCAUAUCGCGCUUGGACCUUCACAUAUGCAACGACAGCUCUUCAAUGGAUGAAGAUGAGCCUCCCCCACCGGGCUUGCAGGGUGCCAUGCAGCUAACGUUCAGGAAACUGGGAUUUGACUACUAUCCCAUCCACAGACCUGCUGAUGGAUGCCGACACUGGGAACGCCACAGCGGAGCUAUGGAGGCUCAGGCUCAGUGGGCCAGUAAACUGCUGCACGAGUACCAGAGAAGAGCGGAGGCUUGUGGGUUCCCUGCUCCAAAUACUGAGGGGCCCCAACCGGCCAAGGACUCGCCUGCCAAGACAUGUCAAAAUGGGCAGUCCAGCCCCAGGCCAAACCCAGCUGACAAACAGCAGACGGGCAGCAGGGGCUCUGUGACGGCUCCUUUAGGGUCGUCUCUGAAGAGGCUGCGUUCGAGCUGUGCAGUAAUCAGGAUGGAUGACGUGGACAUUCACCAGGUGUCGACAAGGGGCCGUCAAAACAAAAAGACCCACUCUUUGAUAUCCUGUAACCGGAAGGCUCUGCGCUUGCCGGAUAAUGUGCCAGCAGUCCACCUGCAGUUUACCGAGUACUACUUUCCCGACAACCCCAGUUUACCAGUGCCCACCUCAAACCUAUAUGCCCAGCUCAACAGCCUACAGCUAUGUGUGGACCCUGCAAGCCUGCUGUGGAUCAAUCUGUUUUCCCGGGGCCUGCUGCACACGCUGGAUCAGGUCAAAGCUUUCUACCACUUGCAAGACAGUAAUAAAGUGGAAGAACAUGUAGACAUUCGCAUGGAUGCAGCUCAGCUUAAGCUGAUAAUUCCUCUAGAUUCAUCCAUAUUGGACCACCCAGAACGUCCGCAGUCCCUGUCUGUUACCGUGCCCCAGCUGGUGGUCAGCAACACCCGCCACUGCCCUCACGGCUCCAUGGCUGACCUCAGCAGCACCUUUGAGAAGUUUGCUAGCUGCUCUUUCUUCCAGAACACGCCACCUUGCCCUUACCCUCGAGAUCAGAGUGCCUUCCACCCCGUCCCUCCCACAUUCCUUCAGCGCUCUCGGGAAACGGAUUCCCAGCCUCUGGACGUGAAGCGGCCGCGAUCGGAGGAUGUCUGGUCCCUCAGCCUGUCCCGUGUCGCGCUCGGUUUCGAUGGAGCGCGGCGGUUCCCCAAAGGAAAAACCCAACCUUUUGUUGAGCCCUUCGCCAUGUCCGUGUGGAUGUGCCGGCCGUAUGCCUUUGGGAGCCAAUCCUCGUCUUCCCCCUCUAGCCCAAAUGGAGCCCAGCACCUCUCCUCAGAGCCGAAUUCUCUCCAGGAAGCCGCCCCGCUUGCUUCCUUCCACUUCCUGGCCCACACCAUCACCCCGCUGAAGAUGUGGCUCAACCACUACCAGUACGUGGCCCUUCUGAGGAUGAAGGACGCCCUGACCCAGCUGGGGGCGGAGCUGAGCCGGGACGUACGCGGCGUAAAACAGGCUCACGGGAAAAAGACCAAACCGGUCACAGUGUGUCUGGCUCUGCUGGUGGACUCUGUGGAGGUGGGUCUCCUUUUACCCCCCGUCUGCACCGAGCCAGAAGGAGAGAUCCCUCACACGCCAGAAACCGACAGCCCCAGCAUGACGGACUCUGACAUCUCCCCGACCCAUCGCUCCGUCGACGCCAUCUUUGAGGACAGUGGGCUGGAAAACGGCGUGUCGUCCACCAACGCGGGCGCUGCAGCAGGGGAUCAGGACGAACAGGGAGGGGCGGUGGAGGAGGCGUGCGAGGCUGUGGAGGAGGAGCUGACGGCAGGGGAGGAGGCGCCCGUCCUCUCGCCACCCCUCUCACCCGGACCCUCCCCGGCCAUUUCCCGUGACCCGUCCACCUUCAGCCUGGAGGGCGAGCUGUCCAGCGCCAUCAACGUCACCAAGGAUGUCACCAAAGACGCCAUCAGUGCCUCGCUGGAUCUGACAAAAGGGGCGUUUUCAAUGACAAAAGACGCCUUCAGCAUGCUGAGCCGGGGCUCCAGCGUGAGCAAAUUGUUCACCACCCAGGGGAGGGAACAAGGGGACUCCUCCCUGUCCACGCGCCAGCCAAACAUGAAGCAGUCCUCCUCCCAGCAGUCCUUUGACAGCGCCAUCUUGGAUGGCAGCCUGCCCGAUGAAAAUCUCUCCGUCGACAGCGACUUCAGCGACAACUUUGUCGUUCUCAUGGACUCAGAAUCGGGUAUGGAGUCCAUGCGUCCCAACAACACACCCACUGGCAGCCGUGGCAGCCCGGCCCCGGGGACCGAGGGGGGGUCCUCAGCUGACCUCAGCAGCUCACUCUCCCAGAGCACCGAGGACCUCUCUCAAGACAUGUCCUCUGUGCUGUUGCUGGUCCUGAGCGGGACGGCUUGCACCAUGGAGGCACAGGGAGAAGAUCAGGUUGUGGCCGUUCAAGCGCAGAAUCUGAACACUUUGCAGAUGGGAAACGUGAAGCAAUCAGACCUCCUGGCGGGUCUCCUGCAAGCCCCAGGUGAACCCGUCCAGAAGCCGGGCAUCAGGGGCUCUCCUGCUCUGUCCAUGCGUGCGGAAAUGGGUCCGUCAGCGGCGCAGCGCUCUGCUCUGGCUGAGUCACUGGGGUUUCUGGAUGUGAGGGUGCAGGACUGCCAGGCAGAGCUGUUAGCCUCCACGGUGGCAAACAUCGGUCCGUUCCUCGAAGACGAAUUCAGCGUCGAUGGUCAGCCAGUGAGGCUGCGCGUGAGCAAUGUCUCCAUCACUCUGAAGGAUGAUGGUCCCAGGAUCUACCCUACAGCCCCUCAGCCUGUCCCAGCCAGGUUCAUCAUAGAUCAGCUGGUCCUCGAGCGAAGUGACGACGGCAUCAUGAGAGUAAAAGCUGAAGGCGCAGACCCUAAACCCUUAGCAGACGUUCCCGUGAAGCCUGGCUGCUCUGACUCCGCCCACCAGCAGAGUGAGAGACAAACCCAGGACUCUCAGCUCUGUGAUGCACAGGCUGCCCUCACCCAGGCCCUCAUCGAGAGAGAGCGCCUCCUCCUGGAAGUCAGGAAGUACGACCCCACCUUUGCUCUCUGAGCCCCAUGUGUUGAGAACCAGCUUAUUCUCAGCAUUUCUGGAAAAUUCACGUGGAGAUGAAUCCAAACCACGGCUUAGGAAUCUUUCCAACUUGUGCACACUCUUAAGGCAAUUACAUAAAAGCCACUAAAACUAACAAAGAGUAGGGGGACUCAGAAAAGGAACUUUAUGGGUCCUGUAAUGGUAGUUUUUCGUGCUGUAAUUUUUUUGUUCGAAUCUUGAAGUCUAAAUAUUCCUCACUGCUGUGCUAAAUGCAAAUUGUUCCAGUUCAUUGCUCAUCUAAAUCAGUGUUGGCCAUAAAUUCAUUGUGUGGUUUCAGUGUAAAACACAGCAUGCAGGAUGAUCAAGCUUUAAUUCUCUCCACUUAGUUAUUUGUGUUACGGAAAUAUUAAGUGGAGUGUGAUGCCAAAACCUCUUUUCACAGGCACUGCCAGACAGCUGCUAUUCCGUUAGUCACAUCGUACAAAUCUUAAUGUCAAGCAUGCUUAGUGAAUCGUGCGGAUUUACAUGUAGCACGAUUACAGGUCGACAGUCUUAGAAAAGCACUAAGGUUUUUACUUUAUUUUGCUGUUUGUUUAGAUUUUGAAGUCUUGUUACAGUUGUGUUGUGAAAGGUAGAGAAAAUGGUGCACUUUGAAAAAAAAAGUAUUUCUAUAGUUUUUUUUUGUCCUUUGAAAAAAGCAUACCUCCACUGCUUUCACAGAGAAACCAGUGUGUCCUCUUUGCUUUGUCACCAGGUAAGGAUAGUACCGCACUCCUAUCUAUGUCAUAGUUUCCAAAAAGCCGGCUGCAACAUUCCCUGGUGUUCUAUCGCUCUGCAAGUUGUGAAAUGUUUCUUUUAUACUGUGAAACAAUGUGCUUUGUGGGUGAACGUCUGCUGAAGGAAACACGCUUUUUUUUUUGCUCUCGAUUGUGGCGAGCUUUGCCUACAGACUUAUGAUUAUCUGGUCUGUGGAAAGGACACACCGAGCCGGAUUUCUUUUUUUAAAAAAAGAAAGAAAAACAAAAGUGUUUUGUAGCUUGCCGGGUUACAGUGUAUGGAUCAUGUUUCAUGGACUUCGUGCUAAGUCUGUGUGUUGUUUUACUAGUUUACAUUCAUUUGAACAUGUGAGAUGUUCUUAUUUAUGCGUCUGUUGAAGUCAUAUCAGCCAAAGAUGGUGAUAUUUCAAAAGAAAUGUGUGGUACUGAUAAUGUAAGGUAAGUUCACCAUGUUUACUGGAAAAAAAUGACAAUUUUAGUGACUUUGAUCCUGAUUUGUUGCAAGAUUUUAUCAAACAGCCCGUGGUGUUUCCAUGCAAAAAUCUCUUACACACUUGGGUUCCAACUACAAAGACAGUUUUGUUGAUCAAAAACACCGUUUAACAACAUGUUUGUUCUAUGAAAAUCAGAUCUCUGUCAGUUAACCCCUACAUAAAGGUUUUCUGUUGUUUUGUGAGGGAUUUGCCUUUGGCUUUUCCUAAUCCAUUUUAAUGGUUUCAAAGCUUGGUUUUCUAAUCUUUGACUUCCAUUCAUAAUGUUCAAAAGGCACGUGGGAGCCCUCUGGUGGCAGAAAUGUUAAACAGCAGUUUCUUUUCUUACUGUAGUUGCCUUGCAAGCUGCAGGAUUUGUAUUCUUUAAAGCAAUGUUAUCUAUUUACACAAUAGACGGACUCCUUUGGUACGCUCCAGAAAUGGUGAAGAACAUUCACACUACUAUUUUAUUUACUUUUGAUGUGAAGUUACGUUCUUCAGAUGACUACCUAUGUAUCAUGUAUUUAUACUCUUUCAGCUGCAUGCAAACUAAAAAAUCAGUCAGCUCAUUCUGUAGAUGUAGUCAAGCAGAAAUACUGCCCAGUUACCUCAGUAUCACCAAUACACAUAGAUUUGAACUAGCUGUCUGUGUUUGUUUCUGCAUGGCCUUAAUAGACAAAGAUGUGCUGGUACCCAUUGAAGACGGCACACUGGUACAACAUGUAGCCCAGACGUUCUCUCCUGUGUUAAGUAGCAUCUCCAUUCCUCUGAUGAACUGGUGCUUUGAGUUAUCUGUUACACUAGACUUCCUUUGUGCUCCAGAGCAGGCCAGGGUCCUCUGGGGUGAGUGAGCAUCCCACUGCCAGCACCAUGCAAAGAGCAGGUGAAGAGAGAUCCACCGCCCGGUGUUUUUCUUUGCCAACGGUGCACGUGCUGAGCUGGUGUUGUGUUGUUCACGCCUGGUAGAGAAUCCCUACUGUCUUAAGGUCAGCUCACUGGAAAUGACACUCGUUUUAAUCUCACUUUCAAAGGAAUGCAGAAGAUUUUCUGUGGAAAUAUUAGUCGUGUUGCGAAUGUUGGAAACCAGUGGACACUUUUUUUUUUGUGAGUUGUGUACGACUACCUUGAAUUUUGUAUAGUAUUAAUCACUUCAUUAAGACUAAUAUAAAACUGGUUCUGUGAACCAAGGCUAUGAUGUUGAACAUAUUUUAAGUGGGGAAAAAAUAAAUAAACCCAUAAACACA